AUGGUGGACAAUGAACUGGUACAGUGGCCAAACGUCUUGGACCCACACAUCACCUGUCCUGAGGUCAUCCGUGGCGCUCACUACUCACUACCAUCCGUGCUGGACGAGACAAGAGACUGGCUUGAGAAGUACAGGCAAGUCUUCGACUUCGUCGACCCCGAGAUCGGCCACAUGGCAAAGGCAUGCAAUGAAGGCGGUACUGGAUUUGGUUGUUUACACAUCAUCUCCGACAACAUCGCUAAGAAGUACUCCUACGAUCUGUCCAACGAACGCCUGCAGCAAGUGGUCACAGAUCGUGAGAUGCUUCUCGAUGGCAUACAGGACACUCUCGAGCGAUUCUUUGCAGCAUGA